AUGCCGACACGGAAUCCCUCCCACCAGGAUCAUGCAAAAGGAUGGUCUGGCUGCAAAGUAACUGGCAAGGAUGUCCUGCCAGCUGGCUCUGAUGCACCUUUUGGCCGACACGAGGCCUUCAGAAUGAAAGUGCCGGAUUUGUCGUUGGCACUCCAUCAUGGGGUGGCACCGAUCCAUGGCUACAAGGGCUACAUUCCUGGCCGUGUCAGCGAGAACGUGAUUGGCGAGCGUCAGUGCAAGACCAUUGCACUAGCAGAUCAUCUUCAUCGAAAAUCUCGCCUGCGGAUCACGCAGCGCUGA